AUGGAUACAGAAAACAGAAAGAAGAAGCAUAACACAUUCCCCACCCAAGUCUUGGCUUCUUCUGAUUCUGUUGCCAUUGAAGGACCUUCGCUUGUAUCUUUUACCUUGCAGUCAUGGGGCCGGCCUUUUCUGUUGGUGAAUCCAGAGCUGCAUGGAGAUAAUAACACAAGGCUUUUCACAUUUUGGACAGUUGAUGCAGGUCAACACACUGGAUGCUAUAAUCUUCUUUGUUCUGGCUUUAUUCCAGUUAACAAUGAAAUAGCCCUGCGAGGCACCAUAGAACCAUUGUCUGUCUUUGGUGAUAAUAAUUCCCGAUAUGAAAUCACCAUUCUCAUCUGGAAGGAUCCGAAGCAAGGAGAUUGGUGGAUGUCUUAUGGGAAUGAUACAUACGUGGGAUACUGGCCAGCGCUCUGUUCUCUCGCCUCUCUGAGAGUGCAACAAAGAUAA